GUUUAUAUCUAAGGAGGGAUGGUUUUUUGGAUACAAAGAAUUGCAGUGCAUUUGUCAGUGGAUGCCCGCAACACCACUACCUCAGCAGUACUCUAUACCAGUUUUCAAGCUGUUUGAAAAUUAACAAAGAAAAAAGGUGCUACUUGGCAGAACCUGAUUGUCUUCUCAACUCAAGUAUGAAUGACAAUAUGGCACAUGACUCUAGCAUUACAACGGGGCACUCUAACUAUAGCACCGCUAUAGAAAACACAACGAAGGGGCAAUCUAACGAUAGCACCGUUAUAAUAGAAGCCUUUAACAGAACCUCCUCGGGAUGGAUUACUGCUGUUGUGUGUGUUGUUAUCUAUUGCCUGGUUCUUUUCAUCGUUGUCAUCUUUAUCAGAAGACGUAAACCAACACGUGGACAUACUGACCAUGCCAUACGGUAUAGUCAGGUCAAACAAGACGAUUCAGAAGGAUGGCCUAGUACUGUCAAACAGUACAGAAACAAGUUAAUGCUUAGUCAGAAGAUGGCAGACAGAGAUAUGAUCUGGCGAAAGAACGGUGACAGGAUCUGCGAAAGUAGAGACAAAUACGUGGUGGAUUGUGGGGACUUAUUUAUCUUGAACUUGACGAAGGAAGAUGAAGGGGUGUAUCAGGGAUUUGAAGAAACACAUAAUCUUAAAACAAAACCCAUAAAACUUGAGAUUCAUUACUUGACACUUUUUAGACGGACUGUUGUCACUGGUAUCUUUCGUCAAGACUCAAUAUUUAACACUAUAUGCUACACUGAUUGCAUAUGGGACUCUAAGAUUCAGGAAAAUUCUCCCUGUGAAAUUCUCAUCACGCAAAAUGCCAUCAUGGGAGAAGAACCAUCACAACAGAUUCGCUCUAUAUUUACAACUUUUGACGGAGACCAGAAAUUAGUAUUUCAUGCAGCUGUCCUUCUGAGCACAAAUUGUUCGUUGAUUUGGAAUAUACAGGAGAUAAAUGAAGCAUGCAAUGUUUUUAUGAAAAAUCCAUCGACAGUAAGAGCCAACCAGAAUAUAGCAUAUCCAUGGAUUGAUCGUACAGUGGAAGAAUGGCGGACAGCAGCAGCUCAGUGGAAUGAUAGUCUGGUCUUUUCACCAGAGGACGUGAUAUUUGUUAAUGAUGACGUAGAGUGGGAGACACUUUCCGUGAUGUUUCAAAAUUCUCUAGCACCGCGUGAGCUGCUCAAUCAUAUCUUUGAAAAGAAACUAACGAAAGUCCUAUUAAAAUACUUUCGAUUAGCCGGAUACCAACGACAAGAAAAUGAAACAUGCGUGUUCUUACCGACUAAAUUUCAUGAAAGAUUUUUGGAAUGUAUUGUGAGUGAUUAUUUCAGUAAUUGCCACACAGAGUCCAUGGAAGACGUGACAAAAAUAAAAGCAUCCUUUGACCUGCGUUCAACUACUCAUCUGGGUUACAUUUUUUCCUAUUUUCUCCACACUGGCGUUCUGUCGGAAAAAUUUGUAGACAAAUACUUUUGCACUUUUGGGUACGAAAUGGAAAAAGAUGAAAGAUGUAUUUGUCUCCCUUCUGAACUGACUGAGAGGUUGAUAGAAGUACUCGGCAUGAAAAUCAUACUACACAAAACUAUCAAGGAUGACAGCAGUCAUUCACUGAUUAGCGAGAAAUUGCAAAUUCCAGAAGAAAUUUUACAGUGGGGAUACGAAGCCCGGACACGGUUUUUAGAAAACUUAAAACGUGGAAGUUCUCCGAUGUAUCGUGCCAGAUGUUUGAUAGUCGGCUGUGCUGGGGCUGGAAAAACUACAGUCCUCCAUAACCUUAGAAGAAACAGCAGGGUAGCAAGAACUGACACAGAGGGAACCAUAGGAAUGGAAGUUUAUGAGGAUGUGUUUGAUAUAGGAGAAAUUGGGGAACACAGCACUCUGUUGGAUUCUAACAGAUCUUCCAAAGAUAUAUGCAAAUGGAAAAAAGGAUGCUGGAAAAACGAGAUAGAAACCGAAGGCACAAUAAGCGUUAUGGACUUUGCAGGACAGAUGGCCUAUUAUGCAUGUCACCAAAUCUAUCUGUCACGGAGAGCAAUGUAUCUACUUGUAAUAGACAUGGCUAAGGACAUUCAGUCAGAAGUUGGGUCGAAUGAAAGGCACAAUGUCAAAGAUUCAUUGUUUGAGUAUUGGACUUUUUAUGAUUAUUAUACAUUUUGGUUACAAUCCAUCCUGACGUACUGUGGCCAUUCGAGAGAAAACAGCAAAAGCGUAGAGACGCCCGUGAUAGUUAUAGCUACGCACAAAGAUUGCAUAGAGCAUGGGGCUGAUGAUUUCCCAAUGAGACUUAGAGAGGACAUGCCUAAAAACCUACAUAAAGUGUUCAAUCAUAGGUUACAUCGAUAUCAUGAGGUGGGGCUUCCACCAAGGAGGAAAUCAAAGGAACAGCUCACUGAAAUUGAAGAGAUUAGAUGUCGCAUAGCAGAAACAGCAAAAUUACUUCCACAUUGGGGAGAGAGAGUACCUAUUAAGUGGUCUGACUUUGAGAUGAUUUUACGCCAGAAGAAGGAACAAAAAAUCUUAUCUUGGGAUGAAAUCAAGAACUCCAGAGGUUUGGAUUUCUUUGUGCGAGAAGAUGAGUUGAAAGAUAUGUUGCGAUUUUAUCACGAGAUUGGAAUGAUCCUAUUUUUCCCAGAUGAACACCUCAGAGAUGUCAUAAUUAUUGACAUACAGUGGUUUGUUGAUGCUUUCAAGCAUAUAAUCACUGACAAAAAGCAAAACGCAAGAGCCUUCAUUCUUGGAGAAGAAUGGCACGAAUUCUAUGAAAAUGGCAUUAUAACGGAAUCACUCAUACUAGCAGUUUGGAAGGAGAAAGUCGAUAGAAUUUCGUAUUCAUUGUAUGAAAAGCACAAGAAUAAGAUAAUGCUGUUCAUGGAAAAACUAGGAAUACUUGCCAAGAUAGAUGCUGAUCAUUAUUACAUCCCUAGUAUGAACAAAAGGGACCUCGAUGUUCCAACCUUAACAAGGGACUGGGAGAAAACAUCAAUAUUGUCAUUUUACUUCCUGACAUUUUUACCCCAUUUCUUCUUCUACCGAUUGGUGGUGGCUUGCUUUAGCAUAUGGAAGCCAAUUCAAGACAAAAUGACCAAAAACGCAUCUUUAUUCACUGCAAAUGAAGCUGCAGGAAACUACAUCAUUGCAGUUGCUGUAAAUAAGACAUCUAUACAGCUUCAAAUAUAUAACAAGAGUAAUUCAGUCCUUGACACAGAAAAGAUCAUACAGAUUCGAACCCAGAUCCACAACAUGAUUGAUAAAAUAACAACAAGUUUCCACAGAGGGGUGGAAUAUGAAAUCGGAUUCCACUGCCAAUGCAAAUCAGUCGUCAUAACCGAAGAUGACGAGAACUACUUCAUCCGUGAAGAUAAGCUGAUGAACAUUAGAGACGAACAUACCCCGUGCCCUCUAUCGGGGAACAGGCACAACAAGACGCUGACAAAGGGGGAGUCAUUACGUUUCUGGAAAUGAAGGAAAGACAGGACUCACAGAUUUGAUACAUUGUCUUGAAAACUCAUUCAGUUAUAUCUUAUUGACCUCGAGAAGCACCAUACAGACAUUUGGAUCUAAUAAAAUGGUAGCUGAUAUCUGCAGAGAAAAAAUGAUGCAUAAUAAUUGUCGUCAUCAUGACAUAGGAUUUCAACUGCUCAAGAAAAAGUUUCAUUUU